AUGCUAGAAAUGGAAGACGGAGAGAGCACAGCUGUCUCCAGCACCGGUACCAAUCCCUUCUCUCUUUACAUUCCGGUGAUGGUUCUCUACUUCCAGUUAGCGAUACUGAUACCCUCCUCCUUCUCCUCCUCCUCCUCCUCUUACUUCCUCUCCCAUUUCUCCUCUUUUGAUCCUGAUCCCCGCGAUGCUUUUCCGUCUCCAUCGUACACUGAUCGCGGUGACGUUGCUUCACAUUCAUUUCCGGCACAUCUAAAAUAA